UACUUUCCACCAGUUAGAGAUAAUAAUAAUAUCCUGUCAUUCUACAGAUCAUAUAAUUAAACAGAUUGAAGCUGUUAAUUCACUCAUUGAUAUUCAACAUAUAAAGAGAAUAAUGGUAGUGAGUGUUAAUGAUGGUAAUAAUGAGAACUACAACAGUGUUAAUACAAGUCAAACUAGUUCUACAUCACCAACUAUUUCUACUGACCCUCUACCUAUUACAGGUUUAAUAGAUGCACAGAUUUUAGAUAAUGAUCCACUGGGGUUCCAUAAUCUAUUUUAUUGGUGGCUUACCAACGAUAGCAGUGACAGUGAACAUUUACAUAUAGUAUUUUCAUCAGCACAAGGCGAUAUAGACGAAUCUUUAUCUAUAAAAUGUGAUUUGUAUGAAAGAUUAUUAAGUCCUACACAGUUACCAUUCAUUGAAUCCUAUACUCUACACCCCGAUAGUGCUAGCUGUAAAUCAGUAUUUCCUAGUACUAGUAAAGCUACAGGGAUGACUGUUCCAAUACAUAAAAUAAAAAUAACUAAUUUAUUACCAACUACCAGUGUAUGUGAAUCACUAGUAUUUGGUAUGCCAAUGAUAGUACAAGCUACAACCUGUUGGAAAGUAGAUUGGGAUGAACUGGAUAAAAACCAGAAUAACUUUAAAGCAUUAUGUCAUUUAUUAUUGACAAAGGACCUGGUUAUGUUAGGUAAACUACAGCCAGAGACCAAUAGUAAACAAAAAGGUGGAAAGCAACAAGACAGUCUGUUGUUACCUAGAGGUACCUUCUUAAUCCUCCCAGCACCCAACGGCACCCUUCUUGUGAAAAGUAUCGCUGUGAGAGAAUUGAUCCUCCCUUUUCGUGAACGACAAUCCGAUGAGGAAAUACCAGAAAAAAGUUUAAACAUUGUGCAGACAUUUCUCAGUCAGAUUGACAUGAGCCCAUUGUAUAAUCCGUUGCUACAAGAUUCUGGCCUGUUUGAGUGUCUAAAAUACAAACCAAAACCAACUAAUUGUUCAAACAGACAACAUAAAAGACAAAGUAACAAGUCCUGGCCAAGUCCGGUACCAGUUAAAGUUACACCAGGUGAACCAAUAACCUUAACGUCUGGUUACAGUAACCAAUCAGAUUUUAACAAUAUACUCUUAUCGCGUAGAUCUACGUUUCUAACACAUCUUGAAUAAUUCCAUUGACUUCUCGAAUUUAAUUAUUUUAACAUAUCAUGUUCGCUCUAGUCAAGAAA